AUGGCCAAUGUUCAGAUUCUGACUCCCACGCCUGCUCUGAGGCAGACCACAGGGGUAGCAGGAACACUCAGUCCUAGCCUCAGCUCCAUCCUCAGCUCCAUCCUCAGCCCCAUCCACAGCCCCAUCCUUAGCCACAUCCUCAGCCCCAUCCUCAGCCCCAUCCUCCGCCCCAUCCUCAGCAACAGGGCCACAGGGGUAGCAGGAACACUCAGUCCUAGCCUCAGCCCCAUCCACAGCCCCAUCCUUAGCCACAUCCUCAGCCCCAUCCUCAGCCCCAUCCUCUGCCCCAUCCUCAGCCACAGGGGUCUGCCCAUCAUGCAGGUGCAGAUAGAUAUCUCCAGACAGCAGGUUGAGAAGAUCUUUGGUCUGGAUGACUAUUGGUGCCAGUGUGUCGCCUGGAGCACUACGGGAACCCAGAAGAGCCAAAAGGCAUACGUCAGGAUCGCCUACCUGAGGAAGAACUUUGAGGAGGAGCCAAUGGGGAAGGAAGUAGCGUUGAACCAGGAAGUGUUGUUACACUGUCAUCCUCCAGAGGGCGUACCACCAGCUGAGGUGGAGUGGCAGAGGAACGAGCAUGUGAUCGACCCGGUAAGCGACCCCAAUUUCUUGGUGACUGCGGACCGUAAUCUGAUCAUCAAACAGGCCAGGCUGGCGGACACGGCCAACUACACCUGCGUGGCCAAGAACAUUGUGGCUCGACGCAAGAGCUCCCCCGCCACCGUUCUGGUCUACGUGAACGGCGGUUGGUCUACCUGGACAACGUGGUCGGCGUGCAGCGCAGUUUGUGGGAGGGGCUGGCAGAGGAGGAGCCGCAGCUGCACCAAUCCAACGCCGCUGAACGGGGGCUUGGCCUGCGACGGACAGAAUGUCCAGAAAAGCGCCUGCACAGCCACCUGCCCAGUAGAUGGAGGUUGGAGUGAUUGGUCUAAUUGGUCUGAGUGCGGAGUGGACUGUUCCAUGUGGCGCAGUAGAGAGUGUACCCAGCCCUCGCCUGGCACCGGGGGCAAAGACUGCCAGGGCAUCGACCUCCAAUCACUCAACUGUACCAGCCAACAGUGUCUACAGAGUGAGUAUUAAACAUAUUUCAUGCAUAUAAACACACUCAAAAUAUCUAACAUACACUGUUUUUCCACUCUUCACCCUAUA